AUGGAACGCACAGCCUCCGGCCUAUCCAUUUCAUCCGACACUACUCAACCCUCACUUGCCAGUCUAUCCCCCCUAAACGACGGCAAUGAACCGGGCUUCCUGAGCGACCUCGCCGCUGCACGCUUAGUUCGUGAUCAUGUGCAAACUCUGGCUUUUCCAGUUCCACCGUCGAAGACAUCGCGGUGUUGUCUCUGGCGGGGCCGUAUUUUGAGAACGCUCAUCAACCCCAAAUUUCGUGCUGCCGACUUCCCACUCGACGAUAACGCUCUACGCAGCAUCUUCUCCGCCGCCAAUGAACUCUUCUUCGGCAAUCGCCUUGCCGGUCGUGUUGCAUGGGACUGGAGUCACCCUGCAAGCGCCCAAUACCAGGCGCAUAUUGUCGGCACCACCGCUGUGCGACGUUCCCGUGAUGGUGGCUACGAGACCCUCAUCGUGCUGUCGUCACCUAUCCUCCAGGAUACAAAGUACAACCGCCGUCUCCUGAUCUCAACAUUCCUGCACGAAAUGAUCCACAGUUACCUCUUUGUAGUAUGCGGACUGAAAGCCCGCUACGAAGGUGGUCACACGGAAGGGUUUCGCCAGAUCGCCGACACCAUCGAUCGCUGGGUCGGUCACAGCUAUCUGCGUCUUAGUGAAAUGGACGCUGAUCUGGAGCACUUCCGCCAGCACCCGGCAUGCGGGCACGACCAACAUCAGGUACGCAGUCGAAGCGCAGACGGGCAGGAGAGGAUACCCUGGCGCAGCGAGAGAUGGGAAGAUGGAGAACGAGAAAGAAGCGUCAUCUAUCCGACUGAGCUUCACCCACGGCCACAUCCCAGCUACGAAAACAGGGAUCGACAUGGGCGGGAGGGUCACAGAGCCCUUCAUGUCCGGAGAGGAAUCUCACCAUACGUUUACUGA